UAAAUACUCACGAUAGACUCUGACCGAAUAAUAUAUAUUUACACAUCGGUCUCCACUUUAGUUUAGACAACACCGUAGUCAAAUAAUGACACAAACAUUCAGUGUAGUGCUAACCUUGUUAGCUAUUGUAAGCUUGUGUAAUGGAUAUAAACUGUUACUGGUGUUCCCUGUGCUUUCAAGAAGUCAUUUCAAUUUAGGAAGUGCUUUAGCACGAGGAUUGGCUAAUGCAGGACACGAUGUAACACUUAUAAGCCCUUACGAUGACGAUUAUGUUCCUACUAACGGAACAUAUAGAUCGAUAGCGUUGAAUGAACUUUUGGAAAAAUACAACAACCAAAAUAUUGACAUGUUCACCUACAGCGAAUCUACAUCAGAAUUCUUUAAAGUGUUUGGGGAAAUGUUAAACCAAAUGGUUAGAGGAACUUUGGGGUCAGCAAAAGUGAAGAAAUUGGUGGAUGAUGGAGAGACUUUUGAUGCAGUCAUUAUAGAAGAAUUUAUGAUGGAUUCAUUAAAAGUAUUUAGACAUCUAUUUAAGGCUCAUUUCAUCGCAUACAGUAGCGUUGGACCAACUACAAUUAUCAACGAUCUUGUUGGAAAUCCAACUCCAUUGUCCUUCGUACCGGAAAUGAAUUCAGGUUUACCCAUAAAAAUGUCAUUCUUCCAAAGAGUUUGUAACUUAUGGACUCACGUAUUUUUUAAACUUUUCUUUGGGUUCGUUAUUCCUGAUCAUGAAAAAAUUCUUAAAGAAUAUUACCCAGAUUCUCCCUCAAUAGAGGAAUUAAAGAAGAAUAUAUCAUUGGUUUUAUUGAAUUCACAUGUUAGUAAUUUUCAACCAGUUCCAACAGUUCCGAAGAUGAUAGAAAUAGGUGGUUACCAUGUGCAGCCUCCGAAAGGUCUUCCCAAAGAUUUGAAAGAUUAUUUGGAUAAAGCCGAACAUGGUGUUGUGUACUUUAGUAUGGGUUCCGUUUUAAAGAGCAAAAAUAUGCCUAAGGAGAAAAUAGAUAUCCUUAUUGGAGCAUUCAAACAACUCAAACAAAAAUUACUUUGGAAAUGGGAAGAUGAUAAAUUACCAGGGAUUCCAGAUAAUGUAAGGAUAAUGAAAUGGGUACCACAGGCGGAUGUUUUGGCUCACCCUAAUGUCAAAUUAUUUAUUACUCACGGUGGUUUACUCAGUACCACAGAAACAAUUUAUUUUGGAAAACCUGUACUGUGUAUACCUAUUUUUGGAGAUCAGCCGAUAAAUGCACAGAAUAUGGUGAACCAUGGAUUUGCUCUACGUCAUGAUUAUAAAGAUUUGACGAAUUCCAACGACUUUUUGGAUAAAAUUAAAGAAAUGCUGAACAAUCCCAAGUACUAUGAAAAUGCUCAGACCAGAUCCAAAAUUAUGCAUGACAGAAAAGUUAAACCUAUCGAUGAAGCGGUGUUUUGGGUCGAGUAUGUGAUACGUCAUAAUGGUGCUGAACAUCUUCGUGUGGCCGGUGAAGACUUGACGUGGUACCAAUAUUACCUUAUAGAUGUAGUAAUAUUUGUGUUUGUGGUUGUAUUACUUGUAUUAUCAGGACUGUGUGGACUUUUGAGAUUCAUCAUUAGAAAAAUAUUAGUAUGUAAAUAUAUAAAUAAAUGUGAUAAGAUUAAGGUCAAGAAGAAUUAAUACAU